GCUUUUGCUUUUCCUGCCUGCGAAAGAAGGCAAGGGUGCCUUUUCCUCCCACCUCACUGGCUGAUGCGUGCAUUCUGUUUAAAGCUGGAAUCCUGUAUCCAUUUCCCCUGGGAACAGAACCCGUGGGCGAAGAAACCGGUGGCUUGAAUAUUGUGCCCCAGAAGUGAAGAUGACGCAGGCUGUGUUCACGAAACCUUCUGCCAAGUAAGGGAGACUCUCAGUGUUCUGAUUUUUCGUUGCAGCCGAUGAACACAGUGACCUCCUUUUUUGGGGGAAAAGAGAGCAAUGUCUUGUUGCUUUCUUUCACACUGUUGUGGAAAACACGGACCCACGUGACUCGGCUCCAACGAUGGCGUUGCUGAAGGUGCUCCCCCAGGAGCCAAAGGAUAAAGGCACCCAAAGGUGCAGGAUGGGGCCGGCCCUUUUUGCUUCUCUAGGAGCCACGCUGGGUUCUCCGGUCAGGAUCGCCCUGCCGACAGGGUCGUGCCUCUGUACCGCUUGGCCCCGGCCUGACUCAGCGGAUGGCUACUUGCAGCUGGACCUGAAAUGCCGGACACCGGGCUUAAGGGAGAGCCAACUGCAGGGUCUCACGGUGAAUGCGGAUCGCUUGAAGCGCCUGCCGUACGUCCGGUUACGAAGAGUGGCCGUCAAAGCGGUCCUUCAAAACCGCUCGGUGAAAAGAUCCACUCCGGAAGCCGUGCUACAGGAAGUGGUGAGAGACUUACUAAGAAACGCCUACGUUUCUCUUCACCAUGUCGUUACUUUCAGCGCCCUCCUGGGCAAUCCAGUGGUGUGCGUUGAAAUAUUGGCCACGGAACCCGAUGCCGUGGAAGAAGCUGGCUUAGUGACCUCCAAAACGAGCGUCGCCAUCAAGGAGGUGGUCACGCUGGACUGGCACAACCGUUUGAUGGGAAACGGGGCCAAAAUCCAGGUGGCGGGAAUGGACAAUGUCCGUCGGUCCUUAAAAGACAUGGUUGAGUUGCCGUUACGCUUCCCGAAAACCUUCCAGAAGCUCUCCCUUUCUGUCCCCCGAGGGGUUCUUCUCUGUGGACCUCCGGGGGUGGGCAAGACCCUCCUAGUCCGAGCUGUUGCCCAGGAAGUGGGGGCCUGCCUGCUUUGCAUCAACGGCCCCGCCGUCUACGGUUCAAGACCCGGCGAAAGCGAAGAGAACCUGCGACGGGUCUUUGAGGAAGCGCGAGAACUAUCCAGCGACGGGCCGACUGUUCUUUUUAUCGAUGAGAUCGACUCGUUGUGUCCGAAACGGGGACGUUCGCAGAACGCCCCGGAAAACCGCUUGGUGGCUCAGCUGCUCACCCUCAUCGAUGGCAUUGGCGGGGAAAACCACAUGGUGAUUGUUGCGGCCACCAACAGGCCCGAUGCGCUCGAUCCUGCUCUGAGGCGGCCCGGCCGGAUUGACCGUGAGAUUAUCAUUGGGACGCCAACUCUUCAGCAGAGGUGGCCCAUCCUGCAGCUACUCACCGCAGGCAUGCCUGUCUCGAAGGACGUCAGUUUGAUGGAACUGGCCGAAGUGACCACCGGCUAUGUCGGAGCGGACCUGAUGGCUUUGUGCCGAGAGGCUGCGAUGCAGGCUAUGCUACGUGGCUGCAGGGAUUCAACUCCUACAGUUUCUAUGUCGGACUUCAACGGAGCUUUGAAAAAGAUCCAACCAUCCUCUUUUAGAAGUGGAAUUGGGCUGAUGGACUUCAGGCCGGUCGCUUGGGAGCAGAUUGGUGGCCUGGAAGACGUGAAAUUAAAGCUGAAGCAGAGCGUCGAAUGGCCCAUAAAAUUUCCAGAGGCUUUUGUGAGGAUGGGGCUGGCCCGCCCAAAGGGUAUCCUUCUGUACGGCCCAUCGGGUUGCGCCAAAACCACCCUCGUGAAAGCAGCCGCCACCAGUUGCCACUGUUCGUUCCUCUCUGUGAGUGGGGCAGACCUCUUUUCGCCUUACGUUGGGGAUUCGGAGAGAAUCUUAUCCCAGGUAUUUAGGCAGGCAAGAGCGAAUACGCCGGCUAUAGUAUUCUUGGAUGAAAUUGAUGCCAUCCUGGGGUCUCGUUCAAUCGGGAAAACUGGGCACGGGGUCCAGGAGAGAGUGCUCUCUGUUCUUCUCAACGAAUUAGACGGCAUUGGGUUGAAGUUAACGGAGAGAAGAGGAAACGGAGCGAAGUUGAAAGAUGACCAUCCCGAAGAGAUGGAGAAUAGAAAAGAGUUAGAACUUCAGGAGGUUUUUAACAAAGAUGUGAUGGUCGUGGCUGCCACAAAUAGACCAGAUAUGUUGGAUGAUGCUUUGAUGCGACCUGGGCGGUUAGACCAGAUCCUCUAUGUUCCACCCCCUGAUCAGAAGGGAAGGCUUUCUAUUUUGAAAAUAUGCACAGAAAAUAUACCAAUAGAUUCUGAUGUGUCUCUAGAAGAUGUAGCAACUCAGACUGAACUCUUCUCUGGAGCUGAUCUUGAAAAUCUCUGUAAAGAGGCUGCUCUGUUGGCCCUGCAGGAGAAUAAGGUUGAAGCAACCCCCGUGAAACGCAGACAUUUUGAAAAAUCGCUGGAAACUGUAAAGCCAUCAUUGACCCUCAGAGACUUGGAGCUUUAUGAAAAAAUGUUUGGGAAUAGAAAAUAAACCUUUCAAAGCAAUGAGGGAGAACAUUGGUGUGGGUUGGCAUGACUUAGAUAGGAAGUGGGUUGGAGGGAUGCGAAAAGAGGUUAUGGUGUUGAUUUUUGUGAUAUUCAGUACAUGUGCCACCUCUCCAGAAUUGGUGGAGGUAUCUUAACUGCUGUGACAGAGACUUUCACACAACUGAAAUGGAAGACCGAGAGCUUUCUGGCUGGCUCAGCAGACAGCAGUCCAGGGACCCUUAGCUUGGUUCUGGUGGACAGCAGGGUCUGUGUUGUGCGCAAAAAUGUUGUGAGGCUCUAAUUCACAAUGGACACCCCUCUGGUGUUUCAGAACCGCACCUCUCUGGGGGCCAUUUGGAAUAUCUAUUAGGUAAUAGUCACGGAACAGAGGUUCUAGAAGGAAUGCCGCCUGCAGCCGCACUGUGGAAUGGUGGCCAGGAUGUGAUGCCAAUUAAAAACAAUGCCCAAGUGCUCAUGAA